AUGAUAAAAAUAUCCUCCAGUGAUAUAAAAAAAUGUGGAAAUGUUUAUUAUUAUACCUCACCGGAUAUAGUUUUUAAUAUUUCCUGUAUAAUUUGCAAUGAGAGUAUUUGUUUUGACAACUUUAUAGAACAUUUUCGGAAACUUCAUUUGGAGGAUGAUCUAAAAAAGUUCAAGGAUCUAAAUGCUAUAAAAAAGGAAGAUGAUGAUGAUGCUAAACUAAUAGAAGAUGAAGAAAAAAUUAUUAUAAACCAAGUAGUAGUAGAUGAAGAGGAAUUUGUGACAAUCAAUUCUGUGGAUCCAUUAUCAGAUGCCGGAAAAAGUAGUGAAUAUUGUAAUGAUGAAGAUAAUGAGGAGGACGACGAUGAUAAACCUUUAAAUUAUAUUAUUAAUAAAAAACAACAAAUUAGCAAUGCAAAUGAUGUGGAUAAUGAAGUAACAAAUGACCAUAACAACUUCAAGGAAAGCGAUGAUGAUGAUUAUGAAUGGCCUGAUGAUGGGAAUAAGGAUAUUGAAUCAAAAAAGCCCCCACCCCCUGAAGAUUUGCCCUACAAAUGCCCACUGUGUCCACGUUCUUAUGCCAUAAAACACUCAUUACAAAAGCACAAGUCCAGUGCCCAUAAUCCCAAUAAACCCAAGCGUAAGACAUCAACUAAACCCAAACACAAAUGCGAUGAAUGCCAGCAAGUUUUUCGAACAGCGGCCAUAUUGAAGGGCCAUAAAUACACACAUACGGGCAUUUUUUGUGAUAUAUGCCAAAAACCAUUUCGCCAGGUGGGCACUAUGCUGCAGCAUAAAAUACGCCACACCGGCAUCAAGCAGCACAAAUGCCAACAAUGCCCCCGAGAGUUCUAUACGGACAAGGAGCUGAAAUCCCAUAUGAUAAGUCAUAUCGGAAUGCCAUUUGUGUGCGAGCUGCAUCUCAACAUCAUUAACAACUUUUACAAAAAAUGGGGCAUUAAAAUAAACCCCACAAAAUCUGAAGCUAUUUGCAUUCGCAAUGCAAGUGGCAAAUGUCAUAGACUGGUGGUGCCGCAAAGUAAAAACCUCUCUCUUCCGCUUGAUGGUAUCCAAAUUCCAUUCAAAACAUCAUUAAAGUAUCUAGGUGUAACCUUUAGUUACCUAUUUCGAUUUAAUCAGCAUGGUCGGCUUAUCACCACCAAAGCAAAAAAGGUUGCUGGAAUGUAUGCUGGUAUCCUCAAGAGUAAAUAUAUGCCAUCACAGACAAAACUUCUAAUUUAUAAGGUAGCGAUACGACCUCUGCUCAUCUACGCUUUCCCUAUUUGGUUCUCCAUUUCUCCUGUGGUGGCCAACAACAUGGAAAUAUUCGAGAGAAAUGUCUUACGCAAAUGUUUGAACAAAAACUUCCAAUGCCCUUCGAAACGUUACUCGAACGAAUUCAUUUACACCAACGCUUCCAUCAAACCUCUCUGUCACUAUGCGAUGCAACAACACCUAAAAUUCGCCGAAAGACUGGAGCAUCACGAAAAUCCAUUAAUGAACGAAAUCUUUGAAGCAAACCACAAUACCACAUGGACUUCGUCUACAUACCUAUCGUCAGUAGGAAUACUUCACGAAGAUCUUAAUAAUGUCAAUCUAACCUCACCUCCUCAAUUCUAUAUCAAGGCUCUGUGUGGCAAACGUUGUAGAGAUCGUGGUGUUUUAACGGCCCACAUGCGUCGUCACACGGGUGAACGGCCGGCCAAAUGUGAGGUGUGCCAGAAGAGUUUCUUCUCAGCCUAUGAUUUGAGUAUACACGCUGUGGGCCAUUCCAAUGAGCGGCCAUUUUCCUGCGAAGUUUGUGCAUCGCGGUUUGGUACGAAAAAAGCUUUACGUAUUCAUCGACGCAUACAUGCAGCAAAGAGGCAAACAGAUGUGGCAGAUGUUGCUGGAGCAACAACUGAAAAAACAAUGGCCAACAAUCUGGAGACAAAAUCUUUAGCAAAUGUUAUUAAUAAUAGCCAAUUUUUAUAUAGCCAUAAUGAAGUAAUUAAUUUAAAUGAAUUUUGA